GUAGGACUUCCGGCAGCCGCAACUGGUCCUCAUCGCCGCCGCCACCGACCGUGGCGCUGCCGCCCGCUUCGGACGGCUCCUCCUCGCAAACUUCCUCAUCGACGGUGGUUCCGGCCAUCCCCCCGCGAACGAGAUGAACAACGCGAUCAACGCGUCCGAGUGCGACAGCAUGAUCGCGUCGGUCGAGUGGACCGAACCGCGCAAGAUCCUGCUGCUGGCCAUCCUCAUCUUCAUCGACAUCCUGGUCAUCGUCGGCAACACGCUCGUCGUGGCCGCCGUCACCAGUUCGCAUAAGCUUAGGAGUGUUACCAAUUUUUUCAUCGUUAGUCUAGCCGUUGCCGAUUUGUUAGUUGGAUUAGCUGUAUUGCCGUUUUCGGCCACCUGGGAGGUGUUUAAGGUAUGGAUCUUCGGUGACGUGUGGUGCCGCGUGUGGCUCGCCGUCGACGUCUGGAUGUGCACCGCGUCCAUCCUGAACCUGUGCGCGAUCUCGCUCGAUCGCUACGUCGCCGUCACGCGUCCCGUCACCUACCCGAGCAUCAUGUCCACCGGGCGGGCCAAGUCGCUCAUCGCCGGGCUGUGGGUGUUGUCCUUUGUGAUCUGCUUCCCGCCGCUGGUCGGGUGGAAGGAGCAGAAAGUGAAAGAGAACCUAUUAUAUCAGUAUGGAAAUCACACGCCGGUGUCGUCGACACCGGUUCCCUCAUCCUUCCCCCAUUCAUCCUCCUCACCGUUCCUAUUGUUCUCCCCCUCGUCCCCGCCGUUCGCGUCACUGUCACCUGUCACGUCAACGGCAGUGUUGCCAUCCUCGCCAUCGUCACCAUCUUCCUUUCCCGGUUUCGACGACGAAGGUGGGGGAACGCCGCCGAAUCCGCCCUGUCCGUGGACCUGCGAGCUGACCAACGACGCCGGUUACGUCGUGUACUCGGCCCUCGGCUCCUUCUACAUCCCGAUGUUCGUGAUGUUGUUCUUCUACUGGCGGAUUUACCGGGCCGCCGAGCGGACCACCCGCGCCAUCAAUCAGGGAUUCCGGACCACCAAAGGCAUGGGCACCCGCUUCGACGACAACCGGCUCACGCUGCGCAUUCACCGGGGCCGCGGUUCCACUGCCAGCGCCCACGGCCCCAACCCGGUUCCGGCGUCCGUAACGGCGGCGGCCGCCGCCUCCUCCUCUCACCUGCACGAGUCCCCGCACAGCAACGGAAGCACGCACAGCACCACCACCAGCAUCGGAAGUGCCUCGCCGGAGCGGCUGUCCCGGUACUCGACCCGCUGCAAGAACCACGAGAAGAUCAAGAUUUCCGUGUCGUACCCGUCGACGGAGAACUUGGCGACUGGGGGUGGUGGGAGUGGGGUCGGGGAGGGGAGCAAGCUGCUGUACGCGGUCCACUACUCGUCGAACGGGGGGAAGGAGCACACGGCGUCGCAGAUCUUCCGGAGGUCGUCGAAGGACAAGCGAGGGGGGAAGGGGAAGCAGAGCGAUCAGGGUCAGCAGAAGGAGUACUUGACGGUGGACGGGAGGGAGCGGAGUUUGCUUUCGCCGAGGUCGAGCAAACGGAUGGGCAAGCGGAACAUUAAGGCGCAGGUCAAACGGUUCCGGAUGGAGACGAAGGCGGCCAAAACGCUCGCCAUCAUCGUGGGCCUGUUCAUCCUGUGUUGGUUGCCCUUCUUCACGAUGUACCUGGUCCGGCCGUUCUGCGAAGACUGCAUCAACGAAACGCUCUUUUCGAUCCUGUUUUGGCUCGGCUAUUGCAACUCGGCGAUCAACCCGAUGAUCUACGCGCUCUUCUCCAAGGACUUCCGGUUCGCGUUCAAGCGGCUCAUCUGUCGGUUCUUCUGCUCGGCGGAACCGAUCGCGCGACCCGCCAGCCGUCGCGGCUCCGACAUGUCCCAGAUUCGCGGACAUCACGGAAGUCGCGCCCCGAGCAUCUCCCCCUCCGCCGCGGCCCAGUCCCUCGGCGAGGACAGCGAUCCGAUGAUGACGCUGGCCGGCGAUCUGUCCGACAGCAGAUGACGCCGCUCGUACGGGCCGAGCAUCAGUUCCAACUCUAGUCCCGGCGCGGGCUGCCGGAAGAAUAGCAGUAUUAGUACGGGUACCGGAACCACUUCCGGUGGGGGUGGAGGAGGGGGACGCGUUCCGGUGUACGACAUUUGCC